AUGUCAAACCAAGGUUACUACAAUCAACAGCCCCAAUAUGGCGGACAACCUCAAUACCCUCCCAAUGCUUAUGGAGGACCACCACCACAACAAGGCUACUAUCAACAAGGCCCUCCUCCUCAACAAAUGCAAUAUCAACAACAACCUCCCCCAAAGAGCUCCGGCGGUGGACAAGGUUGUCUAGGUGCUUGUUUGGCAGCUCUCUGUUGUUGUUGCGUAAUGGAAGAGGGUUGUGAACUCUGUAUUGAUUGUGCCGAAUGUUGUUAG